AUGGUCGCGGUGCUCACCUCACCGGGUGGCGCGAAUCUCGACGCGUCCCUCACCCGUCUACACCCCGCCUCAACCUCGACAUGCAUCGCCGCCCACGCCCCCCUGACUGCCUUCGCCAACGCCUUCAUCGCAUUGCCACCAGAGCUCCGCACUCAUAUCCUCCUCUUUCUCUCACCAGACGACCUCGGUGUGCUCUCACGCGUCGUAGAGCCCCUAGAAGGUAUUGAGCGCGACCACUUUCUCUGGACAACGUGGAUAAGUCAAACCGCACCAUCCCGCGUCGGGCACGCGCUCUUCUCACCCCUCAGUCUACGCCCGGACCCCACUGAACUUGUACGACGAGGUACCCUUCGGGGCGUUGCCGUUGUAUCGGGUGUGCGUGCCGGAGGGUACUGGGCGAGUCCAUCGGCCGUCCGUCUGUCUCGCGCCCACGAUACGAUCUCACGCGUCACCCUCCGCCGCAGCCUGUCUACCGCUCUCGCUGCGCGUCCAUCCCGUCUCGCGCUGGUCGCGAAAGGUAUCCUCCCGCCGUCGGCUGGACGCGCCGAGGCGUCCAUUUGUGCCCGUGCGUUCGCACUUGACCGCCAGCGCGCGCGCGACGAGGCGCGCCGCGCCCUCCGCGCUUCCGGAGUGGGAUCGCGUAAUGUCCCCGACCGCCUCGAGUCAAGUCCCGGCUGGCAUGAUGCCGGGCGCGCCGAGCGUGUGGUUUUGGCGCUGUGUCCUGGGAUUCGUCAGAAGAGGCGGUUCUUUGAGAACCUCGGCGCUGUACAGCAACGUUUUGUUUGA